AUGAUACCUAUCGCCAUUAUUCUUUUCUUCACUCUCGCACUGGCCGUUCAGGUCAUCUCGCUAGCCGGUACCGCCAACAGCACUCGCCUAGUCCCAAAACAAAUGGCCACCCGUCUUGUAUUCGCGCAUUUUAUGGUCGGAGCUACUAGCACCCGCCGGAGCGUGUCUGACUACGAUGAGGAUAUGCGACGCGCAAAAGCACUAGGGAUCGAUGCCUUCGCUUUGAAUAUUGGAGUGGAUUCGUAUACUGACCAACAGCUCGAGCUUGCCUAUGAAUCUGCUGCGCGGAACUUGAUGAAAGUCUUCAUAUCCUUUGACUUCAACUGGUGGCAAACGGAUCAAGCUGCCGACAUUGGCUAUAAGAUUGUUCAGUUUGCCACCAGGCCCGCUCAGCUAACAGUUGACAACAAGGUAUUUGCAUCAACCUUCGGAGGGGACGGAUUGAAUGAGGCAGCGUUAAGGGCAGCCGCAGGAAUGCCGAUUUUCUUCGCUCCCAAUUUCCACCCAGGCUUUGGGGCAGACAUCUCAACUGUCGACGGCCUUUUUAAUUGGCUGGCAUGGCCCCACGAUGGAAGGAAUAAGGCACCGACACAGUACAGCAAUAUUUCAGUCGGGGAUGGAGAUCAGGCUUAUCUCAAUGCCCUAGCAGGAAGAGCCUACGUAGCUCUAUCCCCAUGGUUCUUCACUCAUUUUGGACCGGAGGUAUCGUACAGCAAGAAUUGGGUAUUCCCUUCAGACUUGCUUUGGUACGAUCGAUGGCAUGAAGUAUUGGCCAUGGGGCCUCGUUUCAUCGAAAUCGUGUCAUGGAAUGACUAUGGCGAGUCUCACUAUACGGGACCCUUGAAUUCCCCUCACACCGAUGACGGGGCUUCAAAGUGGGUCAAUGACAUGCCACAUGAUGCAUGGCUAGAGAUGGCCAAGCCCUUCAUCGCAGCAUUCAAAGCAGGCGCAUCUUCUCCAGACAAUUACAUCACUUCUGAUCAAUUGAUCUACUGGUAUCGGCCUUCCCUGCGUAACCAAAACUGCGACAUGACAGACACUUGUAUGUCUCUAGCUAAUAACAUCAGUGGGAGUUAUUUCCUGGGCCGGCCAGACGGCUGGCAGUGCAUGGAGGAUUCUCUGUUCGUGGUCUCUUUAUUGCACAGCGCCGCAUCUGUGCAAAUCAAUUCCGGUGGCAUACUGCACUCCUACAAUGCUCCAGCAGGGUCGUUUGCCCAAGCAGUCCCAAUGAAUCCUGGAGACCAAUCGUUCGCGGUCCAUCGCAAUGGAAAGUUAAUUCUUGUUGGGACUAGUCCUAAAAAGAUCAUUGACGGCUGUGUCUGCGGUCUCUAUAACUUCAACGCUUAUGUUGGAAGCCUUCCAGAAGCAAUUGUGGGUACAUUGCAACCAGAUGGCCUGAUCUCUUUUUCUCACGGAUUGCACGUUCAAACUUGUGAGGCUACCCCUUCGCUGAAAGGCUUAGCUCGCGAUCUGUCCACGGGCUCAGCGUACGCUGUGCGCACAGAGAAAGCAACUAGUAUGAGCAAUCUUCGACAAGCCGCAUCAACUAUCUAUCCGGCUUUACCAACCCGCGGCAUAUAA